AUGCUUGCUAUAGCAUUCGCCGCCGUCGCUCUGCUGGUGCCCUCAACCACGGGCGCUUCUGUACCCAAGCACGCUCGGUCCCAGCACGAAAGCACGCAGCCGUGGUCUGUGUCGAACUUCGACUCCCUCAUCACCUUCGGCGACAGCUACACGGACGAGUCACGGUUGGGAUGGUUCAUCAAUCACAACGGCACAGCUCCGCCGGCGGGGAGUUUGUCGCCUGAGAAUUUCGUCACGGCCAGCGGCGGACGGACCUGGCCUCGAUACGUGAUCCAGUAUACAAGCAGCAGCGGCAACGGCAACGGAAGCGAAUGGAUGCCCCAGACGACGCUCUACGACUACGCGGUGUCUGGUGCCAUGGUUCUCAUCAAUCAACGCACCGUUCCCCUCCGUCCUGGAAUACGAACUCCCCGCCUUCCAAGCCGACCUGACCGCUCUGCGCGUGAACUCAUCUCCCCCGAACCAUUCUUCACACCGUCCCUGACCGCCACGUCAGCCGUGUACGCGCUGUGGAUCGGCACGAACGACCUCGGCGUCUGGGCGUUCCUGACCGACUCGCAGGUCCCGGGCAAAGUACUGAGCGACUACACGUCGUGCGUCUACGAAGUCUUCAACGCGCUGUACGCCAGCGGCGGCCGGAUGUUCGUGCUGAUGAACACGGCGCCUCUGCAUCUGGCCCCGCUGUACGCCAACGCCUCGCUCCACGGCGUCGGCGCCAACCAGUACUGGCCUGCGAAACCGGCGAAUCUGACCCAGAUCGCCGAGACGAUGCACGAGUACACGUCGACCGUCAACGCCGUGUUGGAGUACCGGACACUCUUUGAGAACCUCGUCGCGCACCGGUACCCGGGCGCCAGGUUCGCCUUGUUCGACAUGUACAGCCUGAUUUCGGAUAUCUACGAUGCUCCCUCCAAUUACCUUAACGGCACGGGCGUGCUGGACGGCGGCGAGAGCGUCUGGGGCUAUGAGAACGAUUGUGAUCUCAACCAGACGGUAUGUGUCAAGAGGGAUAAUGGGACAAAUUCGGAUGCGUUCCUCUGGUUCGACGAGUUACAUCCUAGGUGA